UUAUCUCCUCCCUUUCUAAUGAAAUCUUUCCUUUAUCUCUUUCUCUUUACCUUCUGUACAAGUAUAAUCUUUCCUCCAUGGAAAAAAAAACCCUAAACCCAUUGGUCAACUCCUCUCCUCUUCUUUGUCUCUACUUCUAACAUUUCUCAUGCAAAACUAUUCUGACAUGGCAAGAACACUCAAGAACUCUAUCUAUCAAACACCUUCAUCACCUAAUUCAGAUCAUGCUUUUCCUAUACUCUCCAUUGCUGUACUAAGCAUCAUCGUCACAGCUUUCUUGCUCUUCUGCUACUAUGUCUUUGUAAACAAAUGUUGUGCUAACUGGCAUACUUUGCUGAGAUGCGUUACUAUCUGGCGAGCUAGAAGAAGUGAAGAUUCAUUUAUAGCUCUCUCUCCAACAAUGUGGAAUAAUAGAGGGCUCGAUGAAUCUGUCAUUCGCGGAAUUCCUAUAUUUCAGUAUAGAAGAGGAGAAAGCGAAGAACGAAGCAUAUGUGGGUGUGUUGUGUGUUUGAAUGAGUUUCGUGAACAAGAUAUGCUUAGAGUUCUUCCUAAUUGCAGCCAUUCAUUUCACUUGGAUUGUAUUGAUAUAUGGCUUCAGAGCAAUUCUAAUUGUCCACUUUGUAGAACAAGCAUUUCAGGCACUAAUAGUAGAUAUCCUAUUGAUCAAAUCAUUGCGCCUAGCUCUUCGCCUCAGGGUUCACAGCCUUACACUGAUAGCUUAAUGGGUGGUGAUGAAGAUUUCGUCGUAAUAGAAUUAAGUAGAGAAGAGGAAGGAGUUCUUUUACCUAAUAGGCAGCAAGAAAGAGAUGUUACAAGAGAAUUCAGGAGUCAAUCACCUGCAAAAAUGGAUCAGAAGGUUAGAAAGUUAAAAUCGCAACAACGCCAUCACCUUCCGAUCAAGGGGGAUGAGUGUAUUGAUGUAAGAGGGAAAGAUCAUCAGUUCUCUAUCCAACCGAUUAGAAGAUCAUUUUCAUUGGAUUCUGCUGUUGAUCGACAGCUUUAUUCAAGUGUUCAUGCUAUUAUUCAACAACAUAGACAUCAGAUAGGGAUGAACACUAAUGAAGAAAGUAGUAACAGUGUCCAAAGAUUAUUGCUUCCAUUUGGUCAUGCCAGGGGAUCCAGAAAAGCAGUUUUUCCUAUUGAAUUUGAGCAAUGAGUGAGAUUAUUAACUUUUUUUUUAAUUCACUUUUGUUCCUUUCAAUCUGGCUUUUUUCAAGUGAGGCAGGCAGAAUUUUCCAAAAUCGUAGUCUGUUUAGAUUGUUAUUUGAACUUUUGUUGAGUACGUCGAAAAUGUUGAUUAGAAGUCAUUGAAGUUUAUUUUUAAGGUGAAUUUCACAUCUCCAGUUAGAAUA